AUGCCCUUGAUCAUUGGUGGCUACUUCUUGACCGAUCAACAGUUGGCCACACUGGGUGCUAAACGUGGUCUCAACAUCCCCAAUGGCGAAGCGUACAUUUUGAAUUCGCACCUGCUCUCCAGGGGAAUCAAGUAUUGUACUGCGAUCCCGGUUGCUCUACCCCAGAAGGACCCGCAUGCCUCAAACCCCUUUGUGACCGGAACGUUGAUUACGACUCACAAGCGAGAUGAUAAUGUAGAGCGUCUUCGUGAUUGUGUCUCAUUUGUAGAGAACAACGAUGACUUGCAGAUCAAGGAAUGGCUGCAGCGAUAUGGGGUGCCGGAUCCCGUGUUUGAGACUGUUCCUGAUCCAUUUGGGAAGUUCAAUGAGAACGGUGUGAUGCAGGACUAG